AUGCUGAAGGCUUGCAAAUUCAGUCUAUUUAGCUGCCAGAAGGUAACUGACCUGAAAGACGAGGACGAUGAAAAUCCUUCUUCAGCAUGCACUUCAUCCCUACAGCAAUGGCACCAACCAAGAGUUGAAGGAAUCGCACCACAACCAGUAAUGGAAGUUGUUGUGAUGAAAACCCAUACAGAGGAAAAGAAAACGGAUGGUGUGAAGUGCAAGCUGUAUGAAGCAAGGAAACAACAACAGUCAAAUGUUGCUAAAUUUCUAGAAACUGUUAAAGAAAUUGAUGCAACAUUUGGCUUAGUUCAGACUUGCGAAGUGAAUGAAAGUUCAUCACAAGUACCAACAAAAUUUGGUCGCAGUCCAGCUGGUUCAUUUGGCUCCUAUCAACUCUCAUUCCAGGAGUCUAACUUUGAUGUUACAUCUUCAUUCGAAAUAAGUUCAUCAACAAGCCAUACCCAUACAGUCAUCCCAAAUUAUCUAUCCUUCCCACUGGAUGAUUUGAAUUGGAGUUUUGUAUUGCAUGUGCCAGAAGGUUUGGAUAAUGCACAGAAAAAACUUUUAGUUAAGUUUAACAGUAUCACUACUAGAUGCCAACAAACUAGAACGGGAAACAAGGGAACAGUCCAGCUGUGA